UCCAUUCGAUUCUUCACAACUGGUCUGCACUGUACAGACACUAGCCUUCUCCUGCACAUGUGUUGUCAUUUCCGGUUUCCGCAUGCUUACACUAUACUCUAAUAAGCUCACCCGAGGAACUCGACGACACGGCGUAGCAGACUAGCAGUAAGCAUGGAGAAGACCGGCGCCCACGGCGGUAAGCGGUGGCUGCCACGCCUCCUCCUGCUCGCCGCCCUUUCGUGGCUCCUCAUGGUCUACUUCCACCUCGCCGUGUUCCGCGCCCCGCUGGUGAGCGCGCCGCACGCGUCCAUCGUCGCCGUCCCGUCCGAUGGCGCCGAGGACGGGCAGCGUUUCCUACUCCGGCAACAGCAGCAGCUCAAGAAGAUCGGGUCAACCAGCGUUGGCGCGCUCCAUACGGCGGUGGCGGAGCGGCGCCCGCGCGGCGGCGACGACGCCGCCUGCCGCGGGCGGUACGUGUACAUCCACGACCUGCCGCCGCGGUUCAACGCGGACAUCCUCGCCAACUGCGCCCACUGGUACCCGUGGCACAACAUGUGCGGGUACCUCGAGAAUGGCGGCCUCGGCGAGCCGGUGGACAACGCGGACGGCGUGUUCGCCGACAAGGGCUGGUACGCCACGGACCACUUCGGCCUCGACAUCAUCUUCCACCGCCGCGUCCAGCAGUACGACUGCCUCACCGACGACCCCUCCCGCGCCGCCGCUGUCUUCGUGCCGUUCUACGCCGGCUUCGACAUCGUGCAGCACCUGUGGGGCGUCAACUCCACGGCCAAGGAGAAGGACGCCCUGUCGCUCGACCUCGUCGAAUGGCUAACGCGCCGGCCCGAGUGGCGCGCCAUGGGCGGCCGCGACCACUUCUUCCUGUCCGGGAGGACGGCGUACGACCACCAGAGGCAGCCGGAAAGCGACUCCGAGUGGGGGAGCAAGCUCCUCCACCUCCCCGCCGUGCAGAACAUGACGGUGCUCUUCGUCGAGAAGCUCCCGUGGACGGACUUCGACUUCGCCAUACCGUACCCGACCUACUUCCACCCGGCCAAGGACGCCCAGAUCCUCGAGUGGCAGCGGCGGAUGCGCGCCAUGAAGCGCCGGUGGCUCUUCUCCUUCGCCGGCGGCGCGCGGAACGACCCCUACUCGAUCCGGCACCACCUCAUCCGGCAAUGCGGGUCGUCGAGCUUCUGCAAGCUGGUCCAGUGCCGGAAGAACGAGCGGAACUGCCUCAUCCCGAGCACCUUCAUGCGCGUGUUCCAGGGCACGCGCUUCUGCCUGCAGCCGACGGGGGACACGAUGACGCGGCGGUCGGCGUUCGACGCCAUCAUGGCCGGCUGCGUGCCGGUGUUCUUCCACCCGGACUCGGCGCACACGCAGUACAGGUGGCACCUCCCGGAGGCGCACGAGACGUACUCGGUGCUCAUCCCCGAGGCCGACGUGCGCGCAGGCAACGUCAGCAUCGAGGAGACGCUCCGGAGGAUCCCGCCGGAGGUCGCGGAGCGGAUGACGGAGACCGUGAUCGGGCUGAUUCCGAGGCUGGUGUACGCGGACCCGAGGUCGAGGCUGGAGACGCUCAGGGACGCCGUGGACGUGACGGUGGAGGCGAUCGUCGCCAGGGUCAACAAGCUGAGGGAGGAGAUGGGCGGCGGAAGUGCUCAGCAAAGUUAGAUCGGAAAAUUAGCUGGGGAGAGAUUAUCAGCUGAUAGAAAUGCAUUAGCACAUUGAGAAAAAAGGGGGAAAGGAGAUCGAAUGUCCGAUGACGGGUAUAGGACGCGAUGCUCGCUCUUGAGGUUUCAGUGUAUUUCUGUCGCAGUCUGCAGAGGCGUGCUGUACCACUGACACUGGCUUUG